AUUAAAUUUACUAAAUUGAAGUGUAUAAAACAAUUUUGACGACAGCAAUUAAAAUUCGGAAAUAUGGUACCAUAGAGUAUUGCCUAUCUAAUACAAAGCAACACUUUUUUGUAAAAAAUUUCCCAACGGUUAACAAUUCUUCUAAGGGAAAUUAAAAUCAAGCGCGUAUUAACGCGCCGGUAUAAAUUUUGUUAUUAUUAGACUGUAUACAUAAAAGUUUAAACAUAAAUAUUUACGAUCAAUGCCGAGACCACAAAAGCAGAAAAAAGAUGGAGGAGUUGCUGUUAAAAAACCAGCCGCUAAGCGGAACAAAUUAUAUGCCAUGCCAGAAAGUAUUGCAGAAGGAACUGAGCUCACAGAUUUAACAAAGACGAGAUGGUGUAUAGGAAAGUCGAUUGGGACUGGCGGAUUCGGUGAGAUAUACACCGCCGCUAAAGUUGGAGAAACAAACUAUGACUACGUAAUUAAAUGUGAACCUCACGAAAAUGGGCCCCUUUUCGUUGAAAUGCACUUUUAUAUGCGCAAUGCCAAGUUGGAAGAUUUACAAAAAUAUAAGCGGACACAUGGUUUAAAAAAUUUAGGUAUGCCUUACAUGCUUGGAAAUGGUUCAGAGGAAUUGAAUGGCAUAAAACAUCGAUUUAUUGUUAUACCACGAUAUGGCAGUGAUAUAGAAAAACAUAUUAAAGCGAAUGGAGGUCGAUUGCCAGAAGGCACAAUAUAUCGCAUUGCUUUACAAAUGCUUGAUGUUUACGAAUUUGUGCAUACGUGUGGUUACAUACAUGCUGACUUAAAAGCCCCUAAUAUAUUAUUAGGAUAUGGUAAAAAUGGAAAUUCUCAAGCUUAUUUGCUAGACUAUGGUUUAGCAUCUCGAUUUACUACGAAAGAGUUUAAACCAGAUCCAAAAAAAAUGCAUAAUGGCACUAUUGAAUAUACAUCCCGUGAUGCUCAUCAAGGUGUUGCAACAAUGCGUUCUGACUUAGAAAUUUUAGGAUAUAAUUUGAUAGAAUGGAUGGGCGCUAAGUUGCCAUGGGUGCAGGAUAAACUGUUAGCUGCUCCAGCUAAGGUACAAAAAUCUAAAGAAGAUUUUUUUUUAAAUUUGGAUAAAAGUUUAAGUAAACUAUUUCCUAAAGGAGUGUCAGUUCCCAUUGCUGAAUAUAUGAAAAAUGUUUGCAAAAUGGAGUAUAAUGAUAGGCCGGAUUAUGACAAAUUCCGUAAAAUAUUCUUGAAUGGUCUGAAAACAUUAAAAAUUUCAAAUCAAGGAGAUUUGGAGUUUAACUUGAAAACUACCACGAGUAAGAAUGAAAAGCAAACAGCAGGCAAAUCACGCAAAAAUAAUCGGAAAGAUGACUCAACAAUAUUAAAUACAACUGAUGAUGUCGACUAUGCUAGUGAAGACGACGAUACUGAUGUCAUAUUUGUGAAGAAAAAAAAUCCAGUAAAAGUUGCACCAACUGCAAAAGAAUUAAAAACUAUAAAUAUAAAAAGUGGAAAAGAAGCACCAACAAACAUAUUGCCAAGAAAAAGAAAUUUAACACCUUCUCCAUCCAAACACAAAAUAUCACCAAAAAAUGUAAAUACCAACACAGCAAGAAGGUAUUCUCCUAAUAAUAAGAGAACUAUUAUUUCAACACGAAACACACCAAACAGCAGUUUUAGUGAUUCCCCUAUAAGUGUGCCUUCACGUACACCGACUCCAAGAAAACCAAUACACCACAUUCCAACUGCUGGUACAAGUAAUGGUCAAAGCAGUUCUUUACGUCCUAAAGGGUCAACACCGAUAUCAGCGCGCGCUAAUAUUAAUUUAAGUCCUGCAAUUUCAAUGACACGUUCAUCUGCUCGUCCCGGUAAAACAAUAAUUAAUGAUAAUUUAACGCCCAAUAUAAAAAGCAGUAAAACAUAUGAAUUUAAUUUUGAACUUGAUGUUAGUGUUGAUGCUAAUGUUGUAGUUAAUGUCAAACGCAAGAAAAAAGGUAUUAAAACCGAAUCCACAAGCACACCAAGGACGAACAGUGACCCUUUGAAGGCAUCUGAGGGGUCUGAUUCUCCAGCAACUCGUGUUAAAAUACGUAAACUAGCUGACGAUGGUGGCAGUCCUCGGACGCCAGUUGUAAUGUUGAAAAAAUCGAAGCGCGUUGUUUCGCCUCGUUAGGCAUUUAUUUAUUGAAUUUCCGAAAUAUAUGACCAUUUAGGCUUAAAUAAGAUAGAAAGCAUUAUAAUGAUCACAUUUGCGUGCGAAAUUACUAUUUGUUUUCAGUGUUAUAUUUAAUAAUUUUUUUACUUGUUAUUAAUAAAUUUAUUGAAGUUUGUAUAAAGAAUUGGAAGUUUAGAAAUGGCUUUCGAUC